ACAAAAAUAACAUCGUUGAAGAAAGGCGAAUGGAAACAAUAACAUUCAUAGAAUAGGAUAGACGUGUCGAAUUCGAAAGUGUGUUGCAAGGUGCAGGCAUUUGUGUAGUUUAUAGCUAACCGUUCAGAGGGUAUAAAAACUGUUAAAAUUGUGUUCCUUACAAUAGUUGAUAGGCCUACAUUUUUGGAUAUGAAGUCUGUUCUUGAACAGAAGAUCGCUGUGAUUCCAAAUUUAAGACUUAAAAUGUAACACCUGAGCUAACAGGAGAGUGUCCAGCAGCCAGGAGUAUCAGGUUUUUACAGUUCUGAAAGGCCGUACGAAAACAAGAUGGGAUUUUUUCAUCAGCUGAGGCUGCUCUUGUGGAAAAAUUUCACCCUGAAAAAGAGAAGUCCGCUUGUCGUGGUCUUUGAGCUGUUCAUCCCUCUGGUGCUGUUUGUGAUCCUGCUUUUAAUCAGGAAAAAACUCCCAGCCUCCAAAAUGCCCAUUGCUUUGAACCACGCCCGAGCCCUACCCUCUACUGGCAUGUUGUCCCUCAUCCAGAUGUUUUGUGAGGGGGAGGGAGAGAUUGACCAACAUGGCUUUCUCAAUUUUUCCACUGAAAACCAACUUGGUCGCCUCCUGGAGCAGCUGCAGAUUGUAGCAGAAGACCACGACUUCUUCAGGCCUGGCAUGUCUCCUGAGGAAAUGGAUGAGCUACCAGAGACCUACCAGGCCGUCAUUGAUGACUCGGCUUUCAUGAUCGAUUCUUUCAAGAAUGCUUCAGAUAUUCUGUUUGGCUCUAUCCUGCGAGAUCCUGGAAGGUUUGAGAAUUUCCUGAUGAAUAACUUGUCCAUACCAGAAGAUGAGGCCAAGGGUCUGAUCAAUGCUACUAUACAUGUCAAAGAGAUUUACCAUUACUUGUUUGGUGGCCAACUUGAGCACCUAGAGACCCUGCGUGUGCGGAGAAGUGCAGAUGGCCCAUCAGGUGGCCAGAUAGAUGGCCUGCCCUGGUUUGACCUGCUGAACAAUGGCCUGGGCGGCCCCUUGAACCUGUCCUCCGUGCUGCCUCUGGUCAGCAAGCCUCUGAUGAUGGCGGCCAUGAAAAGUGUCUUCAUGGCCUGGCUGACCAACCAAGGGAAGACAACUCCUGGUCACCCGCAGGUACCGGCCAGCUUGGCUCUUCUGAUGGAAGAAAUCCUGGCACUGAACGACACGGAGAAACAAAAUCAGUUCUUGGAUCAGUUGAUACAGGGUCUGCUGAAGUCUGAUGUCACACUCAAAGACGAUACAUCCAGGUACCUGAUCCAGACGGUGAUGGAAGUGGUGGAAGGGCUGAAAGACACCAAUAACUCUGUCAUCAUCCAGCCACAGGAUGUUGCUGCCACCAUCAAGAAUAUUUUCAAAUCCAACAUUUUCCUGCAAGAUAUCGCCUGUGACAACAUGACCUUUGAGAUUGUCAUCAUCCCCGAACAUUUCCUGAACAGGUCACAACUGAAUGACCUCCAGUACCGGCUGUGUCACCUGAACCAGUCCCAGCUGACAGAACUGUCACAAGAGCUGUAUUACCAGGUGACCACAGAUGAGAUCAUUCACCUGCUCAACUUGAAACAAAUCAACGUGACAGCCACUGUCAUCAAGCUGGAUAUUUUUCUUGAUAAACUUAACAGGUUCAUCAAGUUUCAGAAAGAGCUGGAUGAGAUUGCUAAGUUGAUUUCACUGCUCCCAUUUGAUGAAAACGUCACUGAUACUAGUACCGUCAACAUGACAGUCGUGUCCCCUGAUAACUCAACUACAGAUUCAGAUACUGAUCAGAGUGGAGACAGAAGGAAGAAGAGUGGCUGGAUGAAGAUGUGGGACUUCCUCCAUCAGACGGUGUGUGGCAAGAAGGUGGUCCCGCCCCCAACAACGCCACACCCACCCAAAGGAAAGGGGAAGAAAGACAAGGAUGGUGGAGAUGAAGAAGAUAAAGAGAAAGUUGAUGAGGAUGCCCUGGGGAUGACACAAGCCCAGCGUGACAAGUUGAGCAUCAUACAGCACUACCUCUACUACAACCCCACUGUGCUCUACGCACCCAACGGCACAGCUGCUGACAAAAUCAUUGAAAAAGCCAACACCACCAUAGCCUUUGUUGAUCUGAUCAGUAACUACGCCACCGUCUGGCUGAACAUCUCCCGCAGGAUGCACGCCUACCUGCACGAGGAGAAGACAGCUCGCAACCUGCAGCUGGUCAAAAAGAUGCAGGAAGACAUCCAGUCGUACCGGAGCGUGGUCUCCUGGCUGCUGCAGUGGAACAAGUUCUCCUCCUACCUCAAGAUGAACAUCUACGACAGCCAGUUCUAUGAGCACCAGCUUAAUCUCAUCGACAGGGCUGCCAAUGGUUGGCUGACUAUGAUGAAAGGCAUAAACCUCAAUAUUUUCCGGGGUUUCUCCACUGAGGAUGACAUGCUCAACUAUUUUUUGACCCAGGCAUAUCAGGAUAAUGCCAGUAUAAUUGCAGGCGUGGUGUUUCAAGAUCUCCCUGAGGAUGGGUCCAUCCCCAACCACCUGCGGUACAAAAUCCGCCAGAAUGCCACCUACCUGCCCUCAACCAAACAAGUGAGAAAACCCACCUGGGUACCAGGACCUGGCCAGAAUUUUUACCCAUACUACCAGUUUGGCUUUGUCUGGGUACAGGACAUGAUAGAGAGGGCAGUGAUUGACCUGCAAGUGGGGAGAGAUGUGGUGGAGCCUGGCAGCUACAUUCAACAGUUUCCCUACCCCUGCUAUGUCUGGGACCAGUUCAUGUUUAUGAUUGAGCAUGUGAUGCCGCUGUGCCUGACGUUCAGCUGGGUCUACACGGUAGCCAUGUUGGUACAGAGCAUUGUCUAUGAGAAGGAACAGAGGCUCAAAGAGGUGAUGAAGAUGAUGGGGUUGAGCAACGCCGUCCACUGGUGCGCCUGGUUUGUCACCACCUUCCUCCAGAUGACCAUGUCCGUCCUCAUCCUGACCGCACUGCUCAAGAUGGGCAACGUCCUGCCCCACAGCAACACAUUCAUCAUCUUCUUGGUGCUGGAGGUCUACAUCUGCGCCAUCAUAUCCUUCUCCUUUCUGAUCAGUGUCCUCUAUUCAAAAGCUAAAGUUGCCGCAGCUUGUGCUGGUAUUAUCUACUUCCUGUCGUAUGUCCCGUACAUGUAUAUAGCUAUCAAAGAAGAUAUAGCAGGGGACAACAUAUCCGGUGUGUGGAAAAGUCUGGCAUCACUGUUUUCAACUACAGCUUUUGGACUGGGGGCAAAAUACUUUGCUUUUUAUGAAGAAAUGGGCAUCGGAGUCCAGUGGAAAAAUAUCGCUGUUUCGCCCGCGGAACAUGACGAGUUUAAUUUGUUUAUGGUGACCAUGAUGAUGGUGUUUGACUGUUUCCUGUACGCCAUACUUGUCUGGUACAUCGAGCAUGUCCAUCCAGGUUCCUAUGGUCUACCUAAGCCCUGGUAUUUCCCAUUCAUGAAGUCAUAUUGGUGUGGGGGCAACAAGCACGUGGAACACAGUGGCUUCCCUUGCUUGCGGUGUUGUCUCGGUGGCGUGGAGCAGCUGUCUGUUAUGGAUGAGGAUCAGGCCUGUGCUAUAGCACAUCAUAGAGCAGAGAGUGCUCAUCGCUUUGAACCAGACCCAGUCCACCUCCCACUGGGAGUUUGCAUUGACAAUUUGUCUAAGGUUUACAAACUUGGCAAAAAGACAGCAGUAAAAAAUUUAAGUCUGAACCUGUAUGAGGGGCAGAUCACUUCCUUCCUGGGUCACAAUGGUGCAGGCAAAACUACUACCAUGUCAAUGCUGACAGGUUUGAUCCCGCCCACAGCAGGAACCGCCUCCAUCUACAAUUAUGACAUCAGAACAGACAUGGAUAUUAUCAGACAAAGUCUGGGCAUGUGCCCACAACACAAUGUACUUUUUGACAAGUUCACAGUUGAGGAGCACCUGUGGUUUUUUGCCAAGCUGAAAGGGAUGAAAGCAGAAGACAUACAGACAGAGACCAACAAGAUGAUUGAUGACCUGGGCUUGCCAGACAAAAGGAAAGUCAGAGUUGACUGUCUGUCUGGAGGGAUGCAGAGGAAACUCUCUGUAGCCAUCGCCUUUGUCGGAGGAUCUCGUACUGUCAUACUGGACGAGCCGACCGCUGGGGUGGACCCUUAUGCCAGGAGGGCCAUCUGGGACCUCUUGGUCAAACUAAAGAAAGGCCGCACCAUCCUGUUGUCCACCCACCACAUGGACGAGGCUGACUUCCUUGGGGACAGGAUCGCCAUCAUCUCCAACGGCAAGCUCAAGUGCUGCGGCACGUCCAUCUUCCUCAAGAACACCAUCGGAGAGGGCUAUCACCUGACCCUCUCUAAGGAGGAGCCUCCUGUCUUUGAUGACAUCAGUGAACCCGUGACAAGAACUCAGCCCUUGUGUCAACAGUCAAAGGUCACGGCAUUUGUUCAGAAAUAUGUCUCCAGUGCUUAUCUGGUGUCAGAAAAUACAAGAGAGCUCCACUACAUUCUCCCAUUUGAGGAGGUGAAAAAAGGGGGAUUUGAAAGACUUUUCAGCAACCUGGACAAUGCUUUAGCUGAGCUGAAAGUUGGCAGCUACGGUGUCAUGGACACCAACCUGGAGGAGAUUUUUCUCAAGGUCACAGACGCAGCUUACACUGAAGAAGAAGCCUCAGAUGUAGCCAAACCUCUGGAGGUUUUUGUGGCAGAUAUGGGGGUGGGCAGGAGCCACUCCCCCCCUCCCCCACCCCCGUACGCUGCAGCAGCUGGCUCAGACCCACCACGAGCCACAGAGGAACCCCAACCCUUCCCUGGCCCAAACAAAGGCAGGGGCCAGUACAGAAGUGAGUCAGGAGGAGACAAUCUUAUCCUGGAGGACUUCACGUGUGAUCCCCCCAUGGGGGAGGAUAUGCUGAUGAAUAAUUUGUCCAGACACAACCAGGCCAUUUUUAAUGAAGCUCCCAGAAUUCUACUGGAGGGUCGAGGAGGUCACAUGAUGCACCCCAAGCUGGUCCUGCUGAACCACUUCAAGGCCGUCAUCAUCAAAAGGUUCCACUACAUCACCCGCAACUGGCGCAGUCUGUUCUCCCAGAUCAUCCUGCCCGCCAUCUUUGUUGCCAUCGCCAUGACCGUGGCCCUGGCGGCGCCCUCUGUGGACGACCUCCCACCCCUGGAGCUGAGCACCUUGCAGUACACCAAUGUCACCCAGCCGCACGGAAACUUUGUGCCAUUCACUAACGAAAGGAUGAGCCACAUGUCAAAGGUCAACCCCUUGGAUGCCAGUGCCCACCUGCUACAGGCCACCCUGGCCUUCCCCUCUGGUCUGGGCUCCAGCUGUGUGCUCAGCUACCCCAACAUCACCAACGUCACCUCCCUCAUGGACUACGAGCCCAGCUGCCAUUGGAUGGUGCACAAAUACCUCAGCCUGACCAAUCAGCAGCGACCAGAUUUCAGAUAUGGCCAUAACCCAGAUUGGCACCUGAGCCCCAAUCUGUUCUACCCCAAGAACUGUGCCUGCAAGGAAGAUGGCACCGGCUUCACCUGUCAGCAGGACUCGUACGAGAAACCGCCCAGCUACAGGGCCGUAUCACUGGACACCCUGCGCAACAUCACUGGCCAGAAGACACAAGACUACCUCCUCUACACCACCUACGACAUGGAGAUGCACAGGUAUGGAGGCCUGUCAUUUGGAUUAGUCCAGAACUAUGUACCAGAAAAUUUUGGCCUAAAUGCUCCAACACUUUUCAAAAAACUGGCAGUGAGAAAUGUGGCCACAAUGUGGUUUAACCACAAGGGCUAUCACUCUAUGGGAGUUUUCCUGAAUUCCCUGAACAACGCCAUCUUGCGAGCCAACCUGCCACCAGAGAAGGGCAACCCUGCAGCCUAUGGGAUAACUCUGUACAACCACCCAUGGAACGACACCAAAAGUCAACUUUCUUCCUUUGACUACAUUCUUGAAGGGUCUGAUGUACUGAUCUCUAUCUUCAUCAUUGCCGCCAUGUCUUUUGUGCCGGCCAGUUUUGUUGUUUUCCUGGUCUAUGAGAAGUCGACCAAGUCCAAACACCUGCAGUUUGUCACAGGCAUGAACCCUGUCAUGUACUGGAUCGGGAAUUAUAUCUGGGACAUGGCCAACUAUGUCAUCCCAGCAUUCAUGUGCAUUAUGAUUCUACUCAUCUUCCAAAUCCCAGCCUAUGUGUCAUCUGCCAAUCUGCCAGCUGUUGUGGCAUUGUUUCUCAUGUAUGGCUGGUCCAUGACCCCCUUGAUGUACCCAGCCUCUUUCUGGUUCAAAGAGCCCAGCACGGCCUACAUUGCCUUGAUUGUCAUCAACCUCUUCACUGGCAUCACCUGCAUUGUCUGCAGCUUCUUGUUGGAGAUUUUCUCUUAUGAUCAUGACCUAGAGAGAGUCCACAAAGUUCUGAAAGUCGCCUUCAUGAUGUUCCCCAACUAUUGUCUGGGGCGUGGCCUCAUGGAUCUGGCUUUCAAUGAAUACAAAAAUGAAUAUUAUUUUAAAACAGGUCAGCUAGAUAAAAUGAGGUCAGCCAUGGAGUGGGAUCUAAUACCAUGUAACCUGGUUGCCAUGGCAUCCAUUGGUUUACUCUUCUUCUGCAUCACCCUCAUGUGUGAAUACAGGUUUUUCUUGAGGCCAAGGCAGAACAAAGUCUCUUUAAGUUCACUGGCUGGGGAAGACAAUGAUGUAGCCAUUGAAAGGAAAAGAGUUUUAAAAGGCAAUGGAAAAUAUGACAUGCUAGUUCUGGAAAAUUUGACCAAAGUUUACAGAACCCGAAGACUAGGGCGCCACCUGGCUGUGGACAGGAUUUGUUUAGGAGUUCCCCCAGGGGAAUGUUUUGGUCUGCUGGGUGUCAAUGGUGCGGGUAAAACAACAACCUUCAAGAUGUUGACUGGAGACCUGGUGCCCACCGCAGGGAAUGCUUACCUCAAUGGUUACAGUGUGGUGAAGGAAUUGAAGAAGGUGCAGCAGAACAUCGGCUACUGCCCCCAGUUUGAUUCCCUCUAUGACGAGCUGACAGCCAGGGAACACCUGCAGCUGUACUGCCGGGUCAGGGGGAUUCCCCCAAGUGAUGAGAAACAGGUUGUGGAGUGGGCUAUAAAUAAACUGGGGCUAACCAAGUUAGCUGACAGGCUAUCAGGCACAUACAGCGGAGGAAAUAAAAGGAAACUUUCAACAGCAAUAGCUUUGAUUGGUCACCCUCCCAUCAUUUUUAUGGAUGAACCAACCACUGGCAUGGACCCACAUUCUAGAAGAUUCCUGUGGGAUCUCAUUCUACGGCUGGUACAAGAUGGCCGCUCUGUCAUCCUUACAUCCCACAGCAUGGAGGAGUGUGAAGCUCUCUGCUCGCGUAUGGCCAUCAUGGUCAACGGCCAGCUGAAAUGUCUGGGCAGCUCCACCCACCUGAAGAACAGGUUUGGUGACGGCUACACCUUCACCAUCAGAAUUAAAGGCCCCAACCCUGAUAGGGCGCGCCGGGAUAUCGUGCGCUUUGUGCAGAGAAAUAUACCAAUGGCUGAACUUAAGGAAGAACAUUACAAUAUUGUGCAAUAUGAACUCAAGACACGCCCCGUUGAUCUGGCCAUGUUGUUCUCCAAGCUGGAGGAGGCGGCGUCAAAUCUCGAGGUCGAAGAUUUUUCUGUCAGUCAAAACACCUUGGACAAUGUUUUUAUCAACUUUGUGAAGCAGCAGAAUGACCAGGGACACCGCGAGGCUGAGCGCAGCACUGAGAGCCACCAGAGGACCAGAGCCUCGGACCCUUUCAGCCCGGGGGAUGAAGACCUGCUGACCAAUGUGGACCAAUCAGAUGAAAGCUUUGAUCUCAGUGAUGACGAUGUCAUGUUGUCAUUUGAAACUACUGAUGGGAAUCGUCUGAGCCUGAUGCCACUGUGAUCCCCAACUGUGAUACAGCUAGCUUUGUACCAUUUAUCUUUCAGUCAACCACUGACCUACAACCAGCCAACCACUGACUUUCAUGGCGUCAACCAUCCAUUGACCUACUUAAUUGUGAUUGGUCCAGAUUUCAGUUUUCUU